GAGGCGAAUGGCUGAGAGACUGAGUGAGAGCUUGUGCUGUGGCAUCUGCACGCAGACCUACACUGAGCCCGUGACCCUGGACUGCGGACACAACUUCUGCAGACCCUGCGUCUUGGGGCUGUGGGCCAGGCAGGAGGGCACCGUGCCGUGCCCUCAGUGUGGCCAGACAUUCCCUAGGAGGGAGCUGAAGACCAACCAGCUGCUGGCCACCUUGGUGGCCAGCCUGGGUGUCCUGCGACUGGACCCCGACCCUGCGGUGACCGGGCAGAGGUGCCCUUCCCACUGGGCACAGCUGAUGCUCUUCUGCCCCAAGGAUCUUGCGCUGGUGUGCCCCAGCUGCCUGGCACAGGAACCGGAUGGAAGGAAAUCCUUAAUGCCUCCAGAGGAAGCCUACACAUUCUGCCAGGCGAAGCUGGAGAACUCGGCUGCUUUCCUGGAGAAAAGACUGUUGGAGUACCGGACGGUGGAGUGCAGCCAGGGGACCCGGAUCUCUGAGACGCUGGAAUUGGCGAAGAACCUCCAAGAGAACAUCGAGGCACAAUUUUCCAAGAUGCACCAAUUCCUGUGGGAGCAGGAGACGAGUCUGAGUGAGCGGCUGACCAAGGAGUCCCAGGAACUGGUUCAGACUCUGGAGGGGAACCUCACGCUGGUCUCCAAGAGGACCACCUCCAUCGAGAAGCUCAUUGCAGAGAUACGCUCGCUGAUCCACACCGAGGACCGAGAUAGGCUCCUGACGGAAAUCAAGAACAUCAUUCAAAGGAGCGACCUGCACCGGGAGCCGGUGCUCCAGCCGCCCGAGAUGAACGUCGGUGAGUUCCAUGGCCCGUUGCAGUACGCGGCGUGGAAACAGAUGCUAAACGUCGUCAGCCCAGUUCCGGCGCCGCUGACUCUGGACCCGGAGACGGCGAGCCCCGCUCUCAUCCUGUCCAAGGACCACACCAUGGUGAAGAGGCGGAUCAAGCUGCGGCAGGCGCCCGAGAGCGACCGGAGGUUCACCUUCUGCGCCGCCGUGCUAACCACGGAGGGUUUCGCCUCGGGAACCCACUACUGGGAGGUGGACGUGGAGGCUUCGCCCGCCUGGAUCGUCGGCGCCGCCAAAGAGACGGCGGAGCGCACCGAGGACGUGCUGUUGACACCCGAUAACGGCUUCUGGACGGUCAGGCUGUGGAACGACAGGGUGCAUUGCCCCCGGGAUGGGCUGUCAUCGGCCCACUCGUGCGCCAAAGCCAAGCCCGAGCGGAUCGGGAUCUUCCUGGACUACGAGAGGGGGCAGCUCUCCUUCUACGACGCCGGCGACAUGUCGCAUCUCUGUACCUUCUUUGAACGCUUCUCAGAGAGACUCUACCCCUUUGUCUUCCCUCUCUCCGGCCUGGAGACGGCCGACACUGAGGUGCUCCGGCUUUUCCACCUGCGGUUGUGAGCUGCCAUCACGAGGAAUAAUGAUUCUCCGGCCCGGGUAGUGAGGAUGCGAGAGGGUAGGGGUUUGCUGUCCCGCAGAGUAACCUUUCUCUGGGAUGCGUGUGCAAAACCGAUCGGCACAACAGGAUUCGGGUGGGGGAGGGAGGUUUAGCCGGAUGGGAUUAUGAAUGGGGAAGCGGGUGUAAACAAAUUUCAGGUAGAAAAGGGUCAUCUGAGUGAGUGACAAAAGGAACAUAGGGCGGAAUAUACUGUCGUCAACCUCAUUGAAGCAGAACAGUUUUAAUGGACCAAAUGCAUUUGUGUCCAGAUGAAUUUCAAAGGGGAAAUCGCCUAUUCGUCCAGAUAGCAAGGAGAUUGGAGUGUGUGGUCACGGCGCCUUACUGGAGUUACCCACAUUCUUGGAGAUCUCAUCUCCAGAGAGGGAACGCAGCGAAGCGACUGGAUCCGGGGAUGGUGGGUUUGCUGAAUGAGAUUGUGUAGCUGCAGACUCUAUAGUGUUGUGAAUGUACCACAGCUCUGAGGGGCCGAAGGGUGCGGGGGAGCCCCCUCCUUUGUGAGAAUCGCAAGAGCAUGAUUGGGUUGGGUCAGAGGACUCAGGAAAUGAGAGAGAGAGAGAGAGACAUGGCCAUUGUCUCCUGGAGACAACGUUUGCGGAUUGGGGACUACGCUACGUGCAAGCCCUCGGGCAAAGUGGGCUGGUUGAGAGAGGGAUUGCAUCACCCCAACCUGAUUGACAUCUACUACCCGGCGAGCUAAGAUAAAAGGGGGGAUGUAGGAACAACCCCUCAGACGCACCAGAAGAAACGCUAGCGAUCCCGUAAUAGCGGGAAGCCAUUUGAAGGAAGCCACGUGCGUUCGGUUCCCUUGCCUGGGGGCUAGUGGCUGGUACCACGGAAAAUGACUUGGAACGGGGAACCAACUCCCCCGACUCAACGGAUUGGCCUCAUAAAAGACCCGGGCAAGUUCAAAAUCGUCUCUCUUAAACCCAAAGGGCUGCAGCUUGAAAGGACAGUGACUUUUAUCUUUCCAUCGGACAAUACAAUAUCCCCUAGAGAUAGAGCUAUUGCUUAAUUGAUGAUUAUUAUUAUACCCGCGGUUUUUAGAUUG